AGCAAGAUGGCGGCGCCCAUAUGUCUGCAGCUGGAGUUUGGAGGUGGCGCAGAGCUGCUGUUUGACGGGAUCAAGAAACACCAGGUGACCUUGCCUAGCCGGUCAGAUCCAUGGGACAUCAAGCAUUUGUUGGUCUGGAUCAAAGAUAACUUGCUGAAGGAACGUCCUGAGCUGUUUAUUCAAGGAGAUACAGUGAGGCCGGGGAUUCUGGUCCUGGUUAAUGAUGCAGACUGGGAACUGAUGGGUGAGCUGGAUUACAAACUGCAAGACCAAGACAACAUUGUAUUCAUCUCCACAUUACACGGAGGAUAG